CGCAGAGAAAAGGGGAACACUUUGGUUUCCGGUAGGGACACUAACAGUGACGUACACCGGAAGUGUGGCAUUGUUUCCGUGUUUGGAGCUAAAUUUUAAUCCGUUUCGUCGUUAUGGCAUUUUAAGAAAUGGCAUUCAAUUAGACCGUACCAAAUAAGUAAACAUGCCGAAGGUUGUGUCUAGAAGUGUCGUGUGCUCGGACACCAGGGACAGAGAGGAGUACGACGACGGAGAAAAGCCUCUUCAUGUCUACUACUGUCUGUGUGGUCAGAUGGUUUUGGUGUUGGACUGCCAACUGGAGAAGCUGCCCAUGAGGCCCCGAGACCGAGCCAGGGUGAUCGAUGCGGCCAAACAUGCCCACAAGUUCUGUAACAUAGAGAUGGACGAAAACGCGUACAUUAAGAGAGCUGAGGGCAUCGAGAGGCAGUACCGGAAAAAGUGCGGCAAGUGCGGCCUGUUGCUUUUCUACCAGCACCAGGAGAAGAACAACCCGGCCACCUUCAUCGUGGACGGAGCCGUGGUCAAGUUCGGACAGGGCUUCGGCAACACCAGCGUCUACAGCCAGAAACAGCCGGAGGCUCCCAAGAAAGUCCGUGUGAUGAUGACCAAGCGGACCAAAGACAUGGGCAAGUUCAGCUCUGUCACGGUUUCCACCAUCGACGAGGAAGAGGAAGAGAUCGAGGCCAGGGAGGUAGCGGACUCGUAUGCACAAAACGCCAAAGUGAUUGAGAAGCAGCUGGAGAGGAAGGGCAUGAGCAAGAGGAGGCUGCAGGAGCUGGCUGAGCUGGAGGCCAAGAAGGCGAAGAUGAAGGGCACCCUCAUUGAUAAUCAGUUCAAGUAGAGGGAAGCAUUGUGACUCAAAGUUGUAUUCUGGAGAUCCUCAUCCACAGUAGACUUAUAUAUGUAUGAUCUGUCCAAUGCUGACCAGUUGUUUGUCAGGGGCAACACAGCAUUCCAGUACAUGGAGAGGACAUUAUUUGGACAUGGACUGAUUGUGUAUGUGUUGCAUAUUAAGAUGGUAAGGUUAUAGACCUCUCAAUUUGUUUACUUUUUUUCUUUUUACAAAAAAAUAAAAGACCACCAAACCUGUUUGGGUAUUUUAAAGCAAUUGUUCUUGAUGUAAUACUCACCAUGGUGUUUGCAAGGCCUGCAAAAGGUAUUUGAAACUGUGAGUUGAGCCCGGUGAUCUCAAAACCUGUGAAAUACUGUGCAGAGGUUUUGAAAACUUUUUAAAUACGAGUCUGAAUGAUAGAUUAAACACUGAAACUAAUCUAAAAUACUAUGAUAUGUACACUUAGAAGAGCUCAAGUGAUUAUCAUUUGUAGGAUAGAUUGCCUUGUCAGAAGGCAACAGUUACAAUAAGUAAAUAAAAAGUGUCAAACUUUCCAUCCUCAAAUGUGAAGAUUUGCAACUGUUUCCUGUUUUACAUUCUAAAUUGAAUAAAGUCUUUUGCCAUUUU